AGAAUUGGCAUCUCUGAAUUCUGUGCUACUUGGAUAUGACAUUGGUAUCAUGAGCGGAGCGGUCUUGUUCAUAAAGGAGGAUCUGAAAAUUCAUGAGCUACAGGAAGAGGUUCCGGUAGGCUCGCUAAACUUGAUAUCUUUAGUCGAUGGAGUUUUAGCAGGCAGGCUUUCGGACUCCAUUGGCCGAAAGAAAACAAUGGCAAUAGCUUCUGUCAUAUUCUUUCUCGGAGCAGGGGUGAUGGGGCUGACUCCAAAUUUUGGUAUCUUGCUGGGUGGCCGUAUAGUGGCAGGGAUAGGAGUAGGAUUUGGGCUUAUGAUAGCACCAGUCUACACUGCAGAGUUGGCACCAGCAGCAAGCAGGGGUGCUUUGGUUUCGUUUCCAGAGACUUUUAUCAACUUGGGAAUACUGCUGGGAUACAUUGUCAGUUACUUGCUGUCGGGAUGA